AUGGACAAUAUCCUUACCGUAUACCGCAGCUUGCGAAGAAACCAAACCGAUGAACACCCCCAGCAGAAAUCCUAUCCUCAAACAUAUCAAAUUUUCUCCGUGGCAGUCACCUUAGCGGCAUUGUUACUAGUUGAGCAAACCAUACUGAAUGCGGCUCAAGCAAGACUUGAGACUGAGACUAUAGCUUCAGAUCAUGGGUUGUCUCGAUCAAGAAAUUCGGCGCCGCCAAUUGUUAGACCGAUUGUCUCCACGGCUCGGAAUGGAGCUUUUGUACAGAAUUACCAUCCAGCACUAGCUUGCAGACUACUCUUGGGGAUGCCCCAAGCAGGAAUGCUCCCGUCGAUUAUCUUCCCCGUCUCCACCAUCUGGAACAAGAAUCAACAAGCCAAACGUAUCGCCGUUCCGCGACACCACCUUCUCUGGUGGAUUUUGGAGAUCCAUCUGCUUACGGUAUCUAGCAACUUGGGACACGAGCGAGUCUUGAGCUCUGGCGUUGGCUGUUCGUCAUGGGCGGACUCUGGUGGAUCACUAUACCAAUGCUAUGCAGAUAAUGAAGCGGCACGAUACGCUGUAUGA